GAACCUGCACGCAGGGACUGUAUCGCGUUCCUUGAGUUUUCCUGUCAUUUCUUAACUCGAACUAUAUUGCCAAACACACACAAAAUACAACACAUUCGACCGUGUCUCUGUAUACCUAGAUAUUUUUCCUUAGAUCUAAUCAAAUAAUAAACGAUAGAAAAAAAAAAAAACUCCUGCCAGACAAUGUGCGUAUUUAUUAUCACGCAAACGACUACCGUGCACCUUAAUGAAGUCUUAUAAAUAAAACGGACCACUUUAGAUAGACAACUGGCGGGAACAGAUUUCUAUAGAGAUGUCAUCAAGUUCGAUCAAACUAAUUACCUUCAACGUUGCCUUACUAUUGGCUAUCAGCAGUUGCAGUGUACACGCUAGUUGGGACGAAUGGUGGACGUACGAUGGAAUAUCAGGGCCAAAAUAUUGGGGAGUUUUGAACCCUCUAUGGAAGUUAUGUUCAAUUGGCAAACGACAGUCUCCGAUCGACAUCGAUCCAGACAAGUUGCUGUUUGAUCCAUUUUUAAGAAACUUGCACAUUGACAAAGACAAAGUCAGCGGAGUUAUUGAAAACACCGGUCAAUCCUUAGUGUUCAGAGUGGACAAGGAUUCCAAAUACGUUUUAAACAUAACCGACGGUCCGCUCACUUACCGUUAUCAAUUCCAAGAGUUUUACAUACACUACGGCACAGACAACAAUCUUGGUUCCGAGCACAAAAUCCAGGGUUAUUCGUUUCCCGCAGAAAUUCAAUUGUACGGUUACAACACUGAUCUUUAUUCGAACAUGUCAGAAGCACAAAUGAAAUCUCAAGGAAUAGUCGGCGUAUCGCUUAUGGUUCAGAUUGGAGAGACGCCAAAUCCAGAAUUCCGAAUAGUUACAAACGAGUUUGGAAAACUUCUAUAUAAAGGUUCGUACCGGCCAAUCAAGAACUUAUCCAUCAGACAAAUGCUCCCGGACAUCAAAUACUACAUGACGUACGAAGGAUCGACCACUCAUCCCGGUUGUUGGGAGACGACAGUAUGGAUAGUGCUGAACAAACCUAUAUACAUAACCCGGAGCGAGAUGCAUCAAUUGAGAAGACUGUCUCAAGGUUCGUUUGAACAUCCGAAAGCACCGCUGGGUAACAACUCGAGACCUACACAAGACCUUCGCGAAAGAACCGUGAGGACGAACAUAAAUUUUGCACAAAGAUCAGAAGUCGAUCCACAGGGUAAGACUUGCAAGCUGAACAUGCACAAGAACAUGUAUUACAAAGCCAACGAUUGGACUUCCGAUUCUUUGUUUCAAAUCUAACACGAUGGACGUUCGAUCGAAGAUAAGAUAAGACAAUGGCAUAAAACAUACCUAUUAUUUAUAUAAAUAUAUUAAAAAAUAAUGGAAAAAAAAACCAUUACAUUAUAAAAUAAUAAUUGUUGUUUAUGGCGCAACACAGCCAUAAUAACACACACAAUUUUAUUAGAUACCGUGCACGGGUUCGUUGGUUUCGCGCAUUUAGUUUUACAUUACUCGUUUAUUUAUUUUAUUUUUUUGUAACUACCAAAAAUCAAUUAUGUUUUAUCGUUGAGAACAAAAAAUAUUUAUACAAAUCAACAUACACCUACACAUAUCUCCUCAGCAAUACGGUCUAUAUCUAUUCCGAUAAUAAUAGAUACCUUUAAGAGCUAUACAACGCUCAAAUAUUAUCGAGUAUGCAAAUGGUAGUUUUAUGUAUGUGAUCGAUAAAAUAAAAUAAAUUUAAACCGUCGUUCGUUGGCUAUUUUAUACAAUUAUCCUUGGAAAGACGCGUACACUGAACAGAACAGCAAUAAAUAGAUAUACGGACUAUAAUAUAAAAUAUAGGUACAUUAUAGUAUAUAGAUAUAAGUGAAAUAACUGUAAGUAAAAAAAAAAAAAAUUGUCUAUUAUUGUUGAACCGCAUUAGAUGUUAUUGUGUAGAACUGAUUACCUAAAUAGUUUAAAAUAAUUGUUCUAUGUUUUCAGCUUCAGCAAGUAUGUGUUUAUAUGUUAAUAUUAUAAAAUAUGUGAUUCAAAAUAAUAGUUACAAAAAUGUAUAUUGUUUACUUGUAGACGUUUAAGUAAAACACAACCGUUUUAUCGAAUAUAUUUUGAUACCUUGAUCUAAAAACAUUUAUUCUAAACGCACAUUUAUAAUUUUCCAUGUUUUAUGUACUAAUGCGAUUACGUUUUUGAAACUUUGUUUUUAAACAACAAAUACGAAUUUCGCUCGUACAAACGCAUUGUUUUGUUUUAUUAAUUACACAUUGAAUUAUUAUUCUAUCCGUUCUGGACAAAAAAUGUUUGCCUAUACUCAUAUAUUGUAAUUAAAACAGGUAUUUACAUCCUCGUUAAUACCUAACGUUAUGAUCGUUAAACUCAGUUAUACUCAACGAUCACAGAUUAUUGUUUUCAAUGCAUAAUUCUAGUACCUAAGUGGAAUGUAACGUGUGUAAUUUUAUUGAUGUCGAAUAUUACAACAGUUGUUUUUAUUUAAUAUUUAUGAGAAUUUAAGUAGUCGUCGUGACUACAAUACACGUUAUGUGUUUUGCGUGUUAUUUACUCAUAAGGAUAAUAGUUCACUAUAAUGCAGAAAGUUAAUAAACUGUAUUAUUAUACAGGUAGGUACUUGUAAAUUAAAAAAUAAAUAAAACAACGAUUGUUAUCAUCAAUAUAUUUUAUUGUCACUCUGGAAAAACAAUAUAUGUAUCUUAAUAAAGUCUUGUAAAUUAUUGA